AUGGGCCUCCGCCCCUUGUUCGGCUCGCGCGCUAGCGUGACCAACGUGCAUGACAGCUUCGGAUCCACGGUCGAGCAGGUCAAAAGCAGCGAAAGCGAGCGUGCAGAUCCCUUCGGCGAAGCUUCCAACCAGGAUAAUUCCGAGAACAGUUCCGCUGAGCAGCCCCAUCACCCCCAAGACCGUCAUGGUCUUGCUGGCCUGCUCAACGGGGCUGCUCUCAUGUCCCGCAAGGAUACUCAAUCCAGGACCGAGGAUCACCACGAACACGACGACCUAGUCGCUGCUCCUGCUGCUCCUGCCGCCGAUUCGCAACCAAAGCUAGCGCCUGUCGCAGUCGACGAGUCGUCCAAGGAUGCAGCUGCCUGGAAGCAGUCGCGCAACGAGGCCGAGGCUUCGGACCAGCACGAGUCUGCCCGUCCUAGAUCCAAGUUUGGCAGAACCCUCAAGAAGUUUGACGCAAAGAUCCGUUCCAAGAUCGGUAUCAACCCUCCUCCUACCGAACAAGAAAUGAAAAGCCCUUACUCGAUCGGCAACGACGACCACCUCACCAGUCACGACCAACAAGGUGCUGCAGAGCUGCUGAACGAUGCCCAGCUUGAGACUCUGCAGCAUCUUUCGGAUGACGACGACGAGGAAGAAGAAGAAGAAGCAGAAGAAGAAGCAGCAGAAGAAGGAGAAGAAGCAGAAGAAGAGCACGGCGAUGGCCUGAUCCAGAACGACACGAAGCGUGAUGCUGCUGUGAUCCAGAAACAUGUCGAGGAGCUCGAGCGCACGAAGAGCGAGGCCGAGCAUCGUCGCUCUGGCUCCUUGGACGGCGCUCGCCCGGGCGACAGCGUUCGCACCCAUGCACCUGCCCAAGUCUCGGCAGAGGAGAAGAUGAAGGCCAUCAUCGAAGAGUUCGGCGAGUGCGCGUCCCUAAGUCGUCCGAACGUACCCGAAACGCUCCUCAUUGAUCACAGCGGUGUUCUCAUGAAGACCGUUCUCAUCAAGGGGAGCCUCUUCCUCACCAACCGACGCAUCUGCUUCCUCGCCUACAUCCCCAGCGCCGCACGCAGUGCCCCCGAGGACGACACCCACACCGGCAGCAGCAAAGAAUCGGCUCAGAUCCGGGCGCCUCACGACCCCAAUGUCGAGAACCCUGUUCUCAAAUCCGGUCCUGCCGUACUGCACAGACCCGGCAAGUUGCGCUCCAAGCGCAGAGUUUGGAUGGAGCUGCGAAAGGAUUCGUUCAACGCCUACGCUGCCAGCAACAAACUCUAUAAGCCCCUGAUGUCGGCUCGUCUCUCCAACCUAUACUCCGUCCUCCCCGUCGACUGGGCUCAUCCCAACGUCAUCCGCUUCGUCGAGGGUCUCGCGUACAGCUCGAUUGAGUUCAAGACACAGGAAGCCGCUCUCGAUUGGCGCAAGGAGCUCGAGGCCGCCGCUUUCCACGCCCGAAACACGUCCGAAAAGGUCCGCAUCAGCAUUCCCCUUGAGCGCAUCAUUGGCUUGGACUCGACUGACUUCAUGUCAGUCGCCAAAGUCAUGCACAUCGACGUUCUCAUAGGCGCAGUCAACGAGUCCGAGGCGGCACACAUCAUCCAAGAGCAUCGCGAGCGUUCCGAACGCCACCUGUUGGAUCACAGCUGGUCCAGUGGGGACGUCUUUCGAGAUUGCCCCAAAAAUCCUGGCUUCAAAUGCCAUACGGCGCAAGUCGCCUUUGCGGUCACGCGCAACCGCGUUGCUUUCAUUGAUCUUGUUCGCGAAGCUAUCAAGGUGCCGCAGUCCUUCCACCGCUCCGCCGGCUACAAGCAGACCUUGCAAGCGGUACCGGCUCCCCUCCUAGACCUCGAGAGUGAGGCUGAGCCCGAAGACGCGACUAUAGAGGAUAAUAACUCGUCCGACGACCAGGAAGAGACGCUCGCCGACAGAUUUUGCCAUGCCUUUGGUCUUCCUGAUCAUCCCGAGCAACUCCACAUCGUUAAAGCCGAGCUCGUGCGCACCCUGCACACCCACGGAACCCUGGCGAUCGGACUCGACUAUCUGCUCUUCUGGCGCAGAGCCGUUGGUCGCGAUCUCAAGAUCAAGGUGCCGCUCACCGACCUUCAAGGCGUCGACACGUACCGCACCAUGCUCUGGCACCACUUUGGUCUCGUCGUCCACAUCACGGCACACCCGGACAUGAUUUUCGAUUUCACCUCCAAGGAUAACCGCGACCGCGUGCUUUCUACUCUCAAGAAGUUGAUCGACGCCAAGCAGAAGCAGAAGCACGACGUCGAACGUGCGAGUGUCAACACGGCCAGUGACACCAGUGACGCGACAAAGGUUGAGGCGAGUGCUGGUGCCGGAGCAGCCAAAGCUCCCCCCAGUGUGCUUUUCCGCGAUACCUUGAGCGAGGUGCCGGUGUUUGAGCCCGAGAUGCUCUCCUACAUGCCCAAAGUGGUCAACAUGGAUUCCAACGCGAUGCGCAAUGCGAUUCGCGUCUCGCCCAUGCGCAUCUACUGUCUUACCAUCGGCUCGCGCGGUGAUGUGCAGCCGUACAUUGCGCUCUGCAAGGCGCUCAAGCUGCACGGUCACACUCCCGUGAUUGUCUCGCAUCCCGAGUACCGCGGCUGGGUUGAAGGCCACGGCAUCGAAUAUCGUGGCGUUGGUGGUGACCCGGCCGCCUUGAUGAAGCUCAGUGUUGAGCACCGCAUCUUCUCGCCUGCCUUUUUCAAGGAGAGCAUCGGCAAGUUCCGUGUGUGGCUCGACGAGCUGCUGCGAGAGUGCUGGGAAGAGUGUCAGGGUGCUGAGCUGCUCAUCGAAUCUCCUUCGACGAUGGCGGGCAUUCACGUCGCCGAGGGAUUGGGCAUUCCUUACUUCCGUGCCUUCACCAUGCCGUGGACCAAGACCUCGGCGUAUCCGCAGGCAUUCAGCGUCCCUUCGAUCGAGAUGGGUGCGUCGUACAACUCGUCGUCAUACACGCUUUUCGAUCAGAUCAUGUGGGUGGCGACCAGCGGUCAGAUCAACCGUUGGCGCAAGCACAUGGUUGGCAUUGGACCGACCGACUUGUCCAAGCUGGAUGCAGACUCGGUCCCCUUCAUCUACAACUUUUCGCCUGCGGUGGUUCCGAUGCCCAACGAUUGGGGUGACCGUGUUAAGAUCUCGGGUUACUGGUUCCUUGACAAUCCGGACAACGACUGGUCGCCGCCCAAGGAGAUGUCUGAUUUCUUGGAGCGCGCCAAGAAAGACGGCAAGAAGAUCGCCUACAUCGGCUUCGGCUCGAUUACCAUUGACAACGCCGAAGAGGUCUCGGCCAAUAUCAUGAAGGCAGUGCACGCGGCGGAUGUACGUGCUAUUGUUGCUAAAGGGUGGAGUGGCCGCGGUGGGUCCAAGCCGAAGAAGAAGAAGCAUCCCAAGCACGACGACAAGCCGCACAUGCAGCGCAAGAGUUCGUUGGCCUCUCACACCGAGGGCGAAGAAACGGAGGAAGAGCACGACCACGACGCCGAUCACGAGCUCGAGAUUCCCGACGACGUCUUUGUCGUCGACUCGGUGCCGCACGACUGGCUGUUCCCCCAGAUCGACAUUGCCAUGCACCACGGAGGCGCUGGUACUACGGGCGCCUCGCUGCGCGCCGGUUUGGUGACGCUAAUCAAGCCGUUCUUUGGUGAUCAGUUCUUCUGGGCCAACAGGGUGCAGAAGCUGGGUGCUGGUGCGCGAGUCAAUAGUCUCAGCGUCAGCGAUCUGACGGAUGCGCUCAAGAGUGCGGCGUCGGACCGUCUGAUGGUGGAAAAGGCACAGGGUGUGGGCGAGAAGAUCCGCUCCGAAGACGGCGUUGCGAUUGCGAUCGAGUUUUUGUACAAGAACAUCUCGCUGGCCAACCGGCGGACGCAGCGGCGGCUGGAACGCGAGGCGAGUUCGCACCCGACCUCGCCCUCGGAGACCACCGCCUCGCGCACCAACCCGCUCACGCGCUUCUCGUCACACGGCAGGCAGGCGAGCAGUGAGCGCCACCCGCACCGCGCGUCCACGCUGCCGUCGUCGCCCGUAUCGACGUCCGCGCGGUCGCCUCUGUCGCCUGCGCAGGAAGCGGGGCCGCACCGCUCGACGUCCACCAUCGUCGAGUCGCCGUCCGCUGAAGAGGCGGAGGCGGAGACGGAUGAGAUCGAGUCACCCACCAAGACGGGCAGGUCGCUGCUGCCGUCCAUGUCGACGUUCAACGUGCUGCCCACGUCGAUGGCUGCGUCGCUGAAGGAGAUGGUGACGCUGAAUCGGGAUACCAACGACACGACGGCUGACGGUGAGGAGGUGGCCAACGGGCUGGGUGAGCGCAGUCGCACCGCGCCGUCCGGUGCGAUCAUGACGGGAGAGGAGACCGAGGAGCACAAGAUGGCUCGCUUGAAGGGGUACAAGAAUGCCAAGGCGGAGGACAUUAGGCGGAGGAAGCUGCUGUUGGAGAGGCUGGAGCGGGAGAAGCGCGAGAAGGGCGAGCAGGAGGAGCAGGAGAAGGAGCAGGAGCAGGGAGAGCAGAACAAGGCCGAGGUGGGCGGGGCGGAGAAGGGCCAGGUGGGGAGUGUGCAGGCUUGA